AUGGGCCCCUGUACCGCCUCCUCAUGCUGCUGCCAGGCCCGUAAUCUGCCAUGGGCCCCCGUACCGACUCCUCAUGCUGCUGCCAGGCCCGUAAUCUGUCAUGGGCCCCUGUACCGCCUCCUCAUGCUGCUGCCAGGUCCAGAGUGUGUCAUGGGUCCCUGUACGGCCUCCCAUUGCUGCUGUCUCCAUCGCCACACUCUGCCAUGUGCCACUUUCAGGUCUCCUCACACUGCUGGUGGGUUCCAUUUUGUCAUAGGGUGCUGUAUGGCCUCCCAUUGCUGCUGCCUCCACCGCCACACUGUGGCUCCACACUCUGGUUUUGGCCCCGUGACUGCCCAAAUGAGUGAAGUGUGCGGUGAUUCUAAGAUCGACUGACUGA